AUGGACUUAAGCUUUUUGUGGUUCUCAUUUGGCAUUCUUUCAAUACCCAUUUCGUUGAUUUUGUGUCUUAUAUGCAAAAAGAUACGCGAGCCAGAUACGAAUGAAGGAGGAGGCGAUGUCGAAAUGGCUGCUCCGGCCUCAGAACAAAGAGAUGGGAAUAUCGUUGUUUUGGCUGGGGCCGGAGAAGCCACCGCGAGAGUUGUUGGUAGUGGUAAUACUACAGAUGUUGGUACGUAUCAGGGUUGUUGUUGCGGUGAUGAUGCUGGUGAUGGUGAUGGUGAUGGGGGUGGUUGUGGUGGAUGUGGAGAUUAA